GUGAGAUGAACGAGUUUCAAAACAAAACAGUCUGCAGUUUUGAGAAGCGAUUCCUAGGAUGUAUGUGUGUUUCAGGGGCCAUCUGCAUCUUGGAAGCAUACAAUGGACGGAUGAUGGAAUAUACGAAGCUAUUGCAGGAAGUGACUUUGUCAUUACUAGAGUUGCAUUUCGAUACGACUCUUCAAAGUACUACAUAAAUGACCGUGGAAGUAAUUUUACUGAGGUCACUAAGAAAUUGAAAGGAAAAGGAGUGGACUUGGACAACAAUCGAUUGUUGAUUCUUCAGGGUGAAGUCGAGUAAAUUUCUCUAAUGAAGCCAAAGAUUUGUAUUUUCAGCAUUAUUGUAAUUAUAAUUGUAAUUAAUUGAAUGAAGGAUUGUAAUUGAUUGUAAUUGUAAUUGAUUGAAUGAAG